AACUGUACAGACUGUCCAAUCAGAGGAGGCCAAGAAGGAGGGUUCUUCCGGUGUCAUGGCGCCAAAGUGUUAUUCAGAUGUACUUAACUGAGAGCAUCCCAGCUGGAUCGGCUGCUUUCUGUGACUUAUACAAGCUACAGGCUGCAUAGAAAAGACGCUAGGAGACCCUUAAGCUGCACAAUGGAGUCAGUGACCUUUGAGGAUGUGGCUGUGAACUUCACCCCUGAGGAGUGGACUUUGCUGAGUGCAUCCCAAAAGAAGCUCUACAGAGAUGUGAUGGAGGAAACCUUUAGGAACAUGGUGAUUACAGGAAGACACUUGGAUAUUCAGAGAGUGGAAGAGGAGUACAAUGACUAUUGGAGAAAUCUAAGACAUGAAGAGGUUCAGAAAUGCCAUCAAUAUAAAGCUUGGAAUCAGCAUAAAGAAAGCUUCCUUUGGAGUCACAAUGCUAAUGCCCAUAUGAAGCAAUGUGGUUUAAAGCCAAUUGAGAGUCUUUCUUGUAGACAGUCCCCGAUUGUGGAUUUGUCCCUAAAUGUUCCCUUCAGAACUCACACUGCACUGAAGCGAAAUGAGUAUUUGGAAUUUGAAGAGAAGCUAUUUAAAUGUAAUGAAAAUAGAAAAAACUGUGAUGAUUUGCAAUCCUUUCAGAAUCACACAAGGACAGAGCCUGGCAAGAAAACAUAUGAACAUUAUCAGUGUGAGAAAUCCUGCUCUGUUCUUAGUGAAAGAACUGAUCUUGGAGACAAGACCUUUGUAUGUCAGAAAAACUUGAAUACCUCCAGCAAAAUCAAUGAUGUGCAGAUGUAUCAGACAAAUCUCAGUAGGGGUAUAACCUCUGAACACAAGCAAUGUGGGAAUGCUUUCAGCACACAUACUAUUUGUCAACAAUAUGAAAGAAUUCAGAUGGAAGAGGAAAAGUAUGUAUGUAAGCAAUGUGGGAAAGGGUUUAGGAAAAAAAGUCAUUAUCAAAGACAUGAAAGAACUCACACUGGUGAAAAACCUUAUGUAUGUAAGCAAUGUGGGAAAGCUUUUGGCACACAGCAGCAUUGUAGAAGACAUGAAAGAACUCACCUUGCAGACAAACCUUAUGUGUGUAAGCAAUGUGGGAAAGCUUUCAGCACACAGAAGUCUUAUAAAAUACAUGAAAGAAUUCACACUGGUGAGAAACCUUAUAUAUGUAAGCAAUGUGGGAAAGUGUUCACUACACUUAGUAUUUGUCAAAGGCAUGAGAGAAGUCACACUGAAGAGAAACAUUAUGUAUGUAAGCAGUGUGGGAAAGCUUUCAAGAGACGUGGUAAUUGUCAAACUCAUGAAAGACUUCACACUGGAGAGAAACUCUAUGUAUGUAAGGAGUGUGGGAAAGCUUUCAGCAGACGUCAUUAUUGUCAAAAUCAUGAAAGAAAUCACACUGGAGAGAAACCCUAUGUAUGUAAUGAAUGUGGGAAAGCUUUUGGUACACGUAAUAUUUGUCGAACACAUGAAAGAAUUCACAUGGAGAAAAAACCUUAUGUAUGUAAGCAAUGUGGGAAAGGUUUCAAUACAAAAUCUCAUUGUCAAACACAUGAAAGAAUUCACACUGGAGAGAAACCCUAUGUAUGUAAGCAGUGUGGGAAAGCUUUCAGCAGAGGUUAUGAUUGUCGAAAUCAUGAAAGACUUCACACUGGAGAGAAACCCUAUGUAUGUAAACAGUGUGGGAAAGCUUUUAGCGCACGUCGUUAUUGUCAAAAUCAUGAAAGACUUCACACUGGAGAGAAACCCUAUGUAUGUAAUGAAUGUGGGAAAGCUUUCAGUACACGUAGUAUUUGUCGAACACAUGAAAGAAUUCACAUGGAGGAGAAACCCUAUGUAUGUAAGCAAUGUGGGAAAGGUUUCAAUACAAAAGCUCAUUAUCAGUCACAUGAAAGGACUCACACUGGAGAGAAGCCAUACACAUGUGAGCCAUUUGGAAAAGCUUUCAGCACAUGUAAUUAUGAAAUACAUGAAAGAAGCUAUAGUGUAAAAACUAUGCAAGCAAGCAAUGUAGAAAGGGAUCUGCUAGGUCUUCAUUGUAUAGACAUUAAAAAACUCAAUGGGGAGUAGCCCCAUGUCUGUAAGCAAUGUGAAAGAUGUUUCAUUACACACACAUUUUCAAACAUAGGAAUAUAUAUUUUAUGUCAUGUAGAAUCUAGAUAUGUAAGAAGAAUCUAUACAGUGUUUAAACACAUUGAUUUGUCAUAAUGAAGUGUUUUUAUCUGAGUGUCCAAGCUUACUACAUAGUGUAAGCUAUGGUUGAUACAGGUAGUAUUCGCACUUUAUGCUACCUUACCUUAGAGCCAGCUGAUUAUGGACUGAAACACCUACAAACAUAAGCUUAAUAAACCUUUCUUCAUUUUUGGUAUUGAGUGUUUUCUCCCUGAAAGAACAGAAAAUGAAAAUUAACCAAGACACCACUAUGCCAAACCAACAACCAAUGUUAAAUUAAAUGGUGAAAAAUUGAAAACUUUGGAAAACCAACAAGAGAAGGAUAUCCACUAUCAAAAUUCCCAUUCAAUAUAGAUCUGGAAACAUUAGCUAGAGCAAUUAGAUAAAAAUAAGUUAAAUUAUUGCUUGCAGGUGACAUGUGUUCUACACGAAGACCACAAAACUUAAAAUGAUUCUACAUUUUCUAAUCAUGUUCAGCUGCAUACCUGGAUACAUAGCCAAUACACAAAAACCAGUAUCAUUCCUGUACAAAACCAACAAACUCACAGAGAAAGAGUUUAGGGAAAUCACACCCUCGCAAAAUCAUCCACCCUCCAUGAAAUACUUGGGAAUCGACCUAACAUGGAAAGUAAACAGUCUCUCCAUUUGAACUACAGUACUCUGAAAAAGAAAUUAAACAAGAUACCAGAAAAGGCAAUUUCAUAGGAAUAACUAUGUUUUCAUAGGAAGAGCUAAUAUAGUAAAAAUGAGUAUAGUCCCAAAAUUGUUAUACAGAUUUAAGACAAUCCCAAUGGAAAUAAUAUUAGACUAUCUCAGGGAACCGGAGUAAACUAACAUUCCUCAAAUUCUUUGGUAAUCAAAAGAGACCUUAGAAUGUCAAAAAACAAUUCUGGACAACAAAAGCAAGGAAACAGGCAUCAAAAUGCCACAUUUCAAAUUACACUACAGAUACAAGUGGGAAGGUGCUGGCAAAAAAGCAAACCAGUGUGAUAAAAAGAAGCACAAAUUAUUUCAAACACACAUAGCUUUUUAUCUUUGACAAAGUGACCAGUGAUACUCCUGGAAGAAACAAAUCCUUUUUAAUAAAUGGUUCGGUAAAAACUGGCUUUUCACAUGUCAAAGGGUAGAACUAAAACCAUAUUGAUCACCAUGAAAUGAACUAAAAUCAUAAUGUACCAAUGAGUUAAAUGUUAAAGCAGGAACAUUCAAUCUGCUGGAAGAGAGAAUAGGUAAAAACGUUCACUAGCUAGUUGUAGACAAAGGCUGCAAGAAAAAUAGUCCUAACUGCAUGAAAAAUACAAAGAAUUAACAGUUGGAAUCUUGUCUUAAUUAAAGCUUCUGCACAGCACAAGAAGUCACCAACAGAGUUAAAAGCCAACCCAGAGUCGGAAAAAGUCCUAGCCAGGUGAGAUUCAGCUGAAGUAAUAUAUAGAACACAUGAAGAAUCAAAAAAGUCACACCCCAAAUUUAAAGACUACCCAAAAAUGGGCAUCUGAAAUGAGUAAACACUGAAAAAUAAAAAUAUAAAUUAAGGUGUGAAAAAAUGUUGAACAUCACGAUUAAAAGAGAUGUAAAUUAAAACAUUCCAUCUCCAAAAGUAUGGCUGUUAUCAACCAAUAAUAAGUGCUGUUGGUACUGUGAAGAAAAUAGAAACCUUCUCCAUUGCUGCUGUGGGUGUAGACUAGGGCAAGGAUUUUGGAAAUCUGUAUGAUGGUUCCUCAAAUAUCUAGGAUUAAUGCUCUCAUUUGACCAAGCUAUUCCCUUUCUGAGGACCUUCUGUUGAGAAUUAGAAACAUCUUACCACAUAAAUAUAUCAGCACAUUUUGUAAUAGCUAAAUCUUGGAAACAACCCAAGUGCCCAUCAAGCCAGAUACAGGUAAAAAAAAAAAAAAGGUUUAUUUCAUGAUGGAGCCUUACUUGGCCAUAUAGAAGGAAAAGCUUGAGACAUUUAUAGGUAAAUGGAUGGAUCUUGAAACCAUAUUCUUAAGUAAAUUAAUUAGACGUGUAAAUUUUACAGUUUCUCUGCUGUGAGCAAUUGCAAGUGUCAGGAAUACCAAAACAUAUAAUUGACAUGUGAAAUAGAUAAAAACUGUUCAAAUGGAAUUGCAGGGGAAUAGAAGGGAAAGAAUAAAUGAGAAAACUAAUAAAAUAGAAGCAAAUCUUUGUGCAUAAUAAGAAGGGUUGAAGAAAAUGGAAGGAAAUAGGACAAAAGAGGAACUAAAUAAGUGAGCUAUAGGUAGACAUUCCUUAUAAUGAAUGUCAUGAUGUGUAACUAUAUUGUACCAAUAAUCUUAAUCUACAAAGAAAAAUACCUAAAAAUAAAAAAACUACAGAAUUUACACAUUAAAGAAAUGAUCAAUGUGAAAACUGGUAUUGAGAACACAAUAUUGAGUUAUGAUUAAAUGCUUGAGGCAGCAAACAAGGAGAGAAGACUUCAGUAGCUACUAGAUGGCAAGAAGACAAAUCUUAUGCUAGUUGUAGGUAGAGGAAAAAUUAGAUGAUAGCACAGUAUAAUCCACUAAUAUGUUUAUAGUAAUUAUGGGAGGAAUAUUUCAAAACAUAAGAAACGAGUUUCAAGUGCAAAUAAGCAAAUCUGGUAGAACACUAAAUUAUGAUGGAAAAAGUGGCUCACCAAGGCAUACCAUUAAAUUAUGAGAUAUUUAGAUAAAACAAUUUUAAAAGCAGUCAGACAAAAACAGAAACUGACAUAAAUGCCAACCAAAUAGAAUUACUGCAGAUUUCUAACCACAAAUGACUCCAGAAGAUCUUGAUGUGAAUUAAUUCAAGGAAAAAUAGCAGAAAACUUACAACCCAGGUUAACUUUCCCAUAAAAGCUAAUCUUUUUUUUAAAAUGGAGGAAUAGGGUAUUUUCAUGAAAAAGUUCAUCUCACGAGAUGUAAGUGCUAAACUAUAUAGAAAAUACUAUUUUGGACAGAAGCAAUGAAUCAGAUGUAACUAAAAAUACACAUAGGAUACUUGUGAGUAGGUACACAACAAUAAAAAAUUAUGAAAAAAUUUCCAAAGCACAAACCAACAGGUAAAGAAUUUAAUGAUAGUAGAUAGCCAACAAAAGUUAGUAAUAUUACUAAAUAUGAAUAGCCUGAUCUCUUCAGUUAAAAGACGGAGAGUGACAGUGAAUUAAAAAUAAAAACAAUUCAGAAAUCUGUUGCAUUUAAGAAACUCACUUAAUUCAAAGAGAUAAUCCUAAAGUAUCAAAAGAUGGAACACAUUUCAUGCAUCAUGUUACAAUUUGUGUCUAAAUAUCCUCUUAAAGCGUCAAUAAUUCAUACGUAGGGCCUUCUCAGAGGUAGCAGGACAUAGAAUGAAUAAGGCUAGGAUUGAUUCAUAGUGCCAUGCUAGCCUCAGGAGUACUAGGAGUAAGGCAGUAUUACCUAUGCUAUGUAGCCUAAUAAGAUGUAAGGGAUAAAAAGCAUUGCAGUCUUCACUUAAUUACUUUUCCUGUCUUUGUAAGACCUGACAUGACAGAGACCUUCACGGUGCACUCUAGAAGCAACUGGAAUCCACAAGCAAGAAUUGGCAGCCAUAAAGGAACAUAGGCGUUGACCUGCAUUUUUUCCAAUGCUAAAUUAUCCAGGUUUAUAUGCACACCUAUGGUGAUCAUCCUGGCAGGUUUAGUCUCAAAAAUUCCAUCCAGAUUCACGCCAACCACAAAGCCUAAUAUAUGUAGCCUCCCCUACAAUAUUUGUUAAUAUCACUCUGAUUUCAGCCUGCCUGGCCUAAGAAUUAAAUGAAGUGUUUUCCAUAA